AAACGCAGAUGAUUUCAAGGUUCAGUUCUGUUUUGUGCUAGUCUCGCUACAUUGUAGAGGAAGAAGGAAGCACAGGUCAAACUGAUCGACUUGGAAAUAUUUCCCGUUGACUAAAGACAGUACCAAGCCGGUUCUACUACCCAGUCACCGCUCCCACACACCCGUCUUACCGCCAUGACCACCUACCCAGGAACUUUGACGAGGGUGUUGCUGGUCUUCGCCGCUUGUAAAGCUGUCAUUGCAGAUCGACCUAUGCUCGUCGAGGAUGCCCACGGGUACAUCUUGGGUUGGACAGCAAACAUUUCAUGUGUCAUUAUGAGCGCACCACGUCACAGACAGAGACGUUCUCGUCUGGAUGCUGGAUGGCAAACCCUUGCAGUCGCAAGGCAGCCAGAUAACACAAGCAAACAAAGUCUUCGUUUAUUCUUUGCAACUUUCCCUCCCUGUCACCGCAAAUCUCAACGGCAAAAUCAUCACCUGUCAGAGUCUCCUCAAUCCUAAAAAAAAGGAAAUGUUUCAGCAAACCAUUCACGUAAUUAAGCUGGUGGAGAAGCCAGUCCUCACAGGACCAUCCAAAGUGAUUGCUGGACUCCGCUACUCGUGGUACUGUGUGGCCGACGGCGCCAACCGCGCAGUGCCAACCAUCAAGUGGUUCUUCGGCAACGGCACCAACAUCUCGCAUGGCUACGACAGCGAGGACAAUAGCUACAAUGACAAGGACGAGCUUCUAACAUACAACACGUCAAGCAAACUCACCCUCAUACCCUCGGAGGCUGACUCGACCUUUUCGCUGUAUUGUCAAGUCAAAGAGACAGAUGCAGAACCUGGAAAAGUCUCGAAGACUGUCAACAUCCAAGUUAUCACCUGCCUGAAGGGGAAAACAUUUGUGGAGGAAGGAGUGGACGCAAGCAAAUACGACCACAUCGUGACUAACGGCUUUUAUGAGUUCGAGCUUUCUGACUUGGAGCAGAAGAGCCUGACCAUGAGGCGACCAGAACAGUCUCUGUCAAGGUGCUUCGUCGGUGUAGCAGUGCAAGCAAGGAUGUGGUCAUGUGGGAGGCAUCAAACAAUGCCGGGAAGACCUGGAGGACUCUAGAGGCGAAAUUAAUUUUGCUGCAGGCGAUACAAGUGCCCCUUUGAACCUAAUUAUUAGAAAUGAUGAUGUUCCGGAGCUAGACGAAACCAUCUCCUUUGGCUUACAAAGGCCGAGAAGGGCACCAUCACCAGUGAUACCUGAAAAAGCCACGAUUUCUGUUAAAAUCCUGGCGAACGACGAUCCGUAUGGUUACUUUGUUCUGACUGGCCCCACCUCCAUCACAGACCCCAAACAAGCUGACACCAGCAUCUCAAGAAACGGAGGAGCGUUUGGCGAGGUUGAAGUUUAUUACCAGGCCACUCCCCCUGUUCACGUUUCCCGAGAACCGGAUGAGACCGAAACAAACACCACUGGAUUUGGGCAAGUGGUGUUUGCUGAAAAUAUAAGGGUGUGGCACCUUCCGUUGCCUUUAGAUGAAUAUAAAAACAUCACGGUAACGCUCCUGGAGGCCCGUCUGAUUUCCAGUCCUCAACGA